AUGUGUGUGUGUGUGUGUGUGUGUGUGUGUGUGUGUGUGUGUGUGUGUGUGUGUGUGUGUGUGUGUGUGUGUGUGUGUGUGUGUGUGUGUGUGUGUGUGUGUGUGUGUGUGUGUGUGUGUGUGUGUGUGUGUGUGUGUGUGUGUGUGUGUGUGUGUGUGUGUGUGUGUGUGUGUGUGUGUGUGUGUGUGUGUGUGUGUGUGUGUGAAUUUCGUUUUUGUGUGUGUGUGAGGGAAGAGAUCAUCAACAUGGCCGACGACUGCACAUCAACAGCAAACGGGCUAGAUCAUGCCAGCCACAUGAGUUGGACGGAGCAGGAUGCCCCGGCGUUGGAGCGCCUGCUCAACUCGAUGAUGACAAAGUCAGAGGCAGACAUCGAGCAUGUUUCGGUGCUGCCGCCCCCCACUCAAGCUUAUGACUCUGUGCAGUCUUGGCACCUAGGCAUGACACCGCCACCUUUGUGUGGCAUCGCUCGCCUGCUGUGUAAAGGGCCAACCUACUCACUUACUCUUGUUGGCGCAGAGCUUGAAAAGGUGGAGCUCGAUGCCUGUCGACUAUUAACGCCGCAACAUCGAGAAGAUGCUGUUUCACAGCGCUCGAGCCGCAGUCAUGCACCAGAUGAAGCGGAUGACGAUGAUGAGGAAGCUCAAGUACCACCUUUGGAGCUUCCGCAAAUCCGUGCCUCAAACCUUUUGACGGCACUGGCAGAUCUGCGCCCCUCCGUGACUAGUGUGGCCUCGGCCAUGGGUACCAUGGUGCUGGACGUGGGUGUAGGCUUGGGUCGAGCAGCAACGACGGCCGUGACCUCGACUUGGGGGCGAGCCAAAAGUACUGGGACAGCGCUCAAGCGAGCUCUCAUUGAUAACCUCGCUUUGGAAGCAAAAAUGGCUGAAAUGGAGCACGCCCUCGAAGCAGAGUUGCGCGAGCUUCGAGAACAAGAAGUUGACAUUUAUGUGGAGCGCUUCUCGGCGGCCAUUGCCAUGGAAGAACAAUUGCGUUCGAUUGAGGCUGUCAUGAAUCAACAAAAUGAAGAGGUCUUGCUGCAUCAACGGAUCUUGGCCAUCGAGGCCGAAGAGGCAAAGUUGAACCCGGAACCCGAAGACAAUCGGCCUCGAGGCUCAGUGGGAGAUGAUCACUUUACGGCUCACAUGCGCGAGCAUGGCCUUGCCGUGACGCGCGCCGACGGAACCGCCAGCGUUAUUACCGAAAGGGUGCAUGUCACAGCACCAGCAGGAUGGCGAUGCCAUAUGCCGACGCAACACAGGCAACCGAUUGAUGUGUACUUUUCCAAUGAUCUCAUGGAUGAAUUCAUGAUCUCGCAAGGCGUCAAGCAAAGUCGCCAUCGGGACAUGAAAACCUUCGAGUGCCCACUAUGCACCUCAUCUUGUGAAUUUGUUCCCGUUGAUGCCGACAGCGCCUCGGGCGAUCCCAACGCCACCCGUUGUCAUAUCCGAUGCCCGUACUGCUAUUGGAGCUCUCGCAGCUUGAAUCUUGAGGGCACGGUCGAGGAACUCAACGCCCAGGCGGAUCGCCUGGAAGACACCGAGGCUGCGACACACGUGAACCAGGUGAUUGACUUCUUUCAGCAGCAGUCCGCCGAGGAAAUUAAAAAUCUCGAGCGUCGUCAACAAGCCGAACAACAGACCAAGUAUCGAAGCUCCCGAAGCUACGCGUCUCGGUUUGGGACCUUAAACAAAGCCAGUGCCAUGCUGACACCCCGCGAUGCGCAUCAAAAAGUACGCGAGCGCCUCAAGCAAGUGUAUGAUCCGUAUCGUAAAGAGUGGGUCGAAGCCCCAGCCACCGAUGAGCAACUCCAAGCUCUCACCAAUUCGGCACACACGUCCUGGGCGGCUCCCAGCAAUGAAGAGUUUGCUGAAACUGAUUUGUCAACCCAGACAACCCUGGCUCAGCGCUUUCGUCAACUCGACUUGCAGCCACAGCUCGUGACCGGGCUGCGUCCAAACAGGCAUCCACUCAAAGCAAAGCGAAGCAAGCGCUGCGCUCGUUGUCAGCACAAUCUGAUCAAGCCUGAGCUCAACCCAGGCUCCUCACGCUUCAAGCUCCAACUUUUUGCCAUCUCUACCAUCCCGACAGUGCGGGUGGUAAGCGUCUCCGACCUUCGUCCCGGUAGUACGGGCGAAGUGGUGCUGGCCAUUUCCAACCCUUCUGAUUUUGCUGUUCCUCUAUGGUUCGUGGACGAGCUGCCCAAGCCACCCUCCCCGCCGCCUGAGGCAGUGGAGGACCCCCUGUCUGCCACUCCUGCCCCACAAGCAACCCCCCGCAACUUGCCUGUUCUGACCCCCAACAAGAAAGAGCUGGGUCGCGAUGUACAAUGCACCGUGCCCGAGCCCUUUGAAGGCAACAGCGAGGGGUCUUUUCCUCACCUCGACGCCGGCAUCACGCUGGAGGCCCAUGAUACGGUCAAAGAGUUGACGGCGGAUUCUCAGGUGAGCGAGCGGCGUGAUGAUGAUCCCGAUGAAGUGGUGGCGCGUCAUGGCAGUACAAUCAAGUUAAAAGUUCCAGUGCACGUCUCUGAAUCUAGCCUGGGCUCCGCGUUGGUACGUUAUUACAAGUACCCAGUUAUGAAGCAUUCUAUGAGCUUUGAUUUCCUUUGUAGCUCAUCCACCUUUUGA